AUCACUAAAUCACUAAAAUUUUGGUCCAGUUUUGUCAGUGGUCAGGGUUUUCACCGGGGUGAGAAAUUUCGGCAUCACUCUCUUUACGUGAAAUAUUUCCGUGCCUAACUUUUAAUUCCUCAUUAUUAUUGCAAGAAACCGUCAACAUGUUUGCGUGCUCCAAAAAAAUUGCUUCCUCUCUUGCCAGCAGUCGAACCUGCAUGAAUGUUGUCAACCGAUCUAUGUCAGAUAAAGCAACUCUACCAAAGUUACCAUUUGGUUAUAAAGACCUUGAACCUGUGAUUUCUGGUGAAAUUAUGGAGCUUCAUCAUUCCAAGCAUCAUGCAGCCUAUGUUACGAAUUACAAUGUCGCACUCGAAAAACUUCAGGAAGCUACAGCGAAAAAUGAUGCAAAUGCUAUCGUCACAUUAGGCCCAGCCCUUAAGUUUAAUGGAGGUGGGCAUAUCAAUCACUCAAUCUUCUGGACUGUUCUAUCAAAAGAUGGUGGAAAACCCUCCGAUGAUCUUCUGGCAGCAAUCAAUCGAGAUUUUGGAAGCUUGGACAACCUUAAAACCCAAUUGCAGACUGCGUCAAAUGGUGUUCAAGGCUCAGGCUGGGGAUGGCUGGGAAUUAACAGUCAGACUAAGAAAUUGCAAGUGACUACCACCGCUAAUCAAGAUCCACUUCAAGCCACAACUGGCUUGAUACCUUUGUUUGGAAUUGAUGUUUGGGAACACGCCUACUACCUGCAGUACAAAAACGUCCGCCCCUCAUACACCAAAGCUAUUUUGGACAUCGUCAACUGGAGUGAAGUAUCGCGUAGAUAUUCAGCAGCUGUUUAGGUAGCCAUCAUUAAAACCUUUCCUCGAUAGACUAUUUUUCAUACUUUUUCCUGAUCAUCGGAACUGAUUUUUCACCCCUGCUUUCUUGUUUAUUUAUCCUAUAUCCUUGUUACUAUAGAUGUAUAAUUUGUAAAUUAAGUGUAAUAAAUCAAUCACUCCUGUUUUAUCCAAGAUGAAGCAGAGCUACUGUGUAUCCAGUUUUCUCACAAUCUGUUCUGUUCUAGUUGAGGGAGCACCUGUGAAAUAAGACUUGUUAGAACUUUGAGAUUCCUCCUUGUUGAAAAUUAAUUUAAGUACAUUACAAUAAAAUUUGUAAAAUAGAAA